AUGGUCCCAGUGCCCAACAGCACGGCGGUGGUGUGGGCCAGCGAGGCGGCGCUGCCGGAGCGGUCACCCUGCAUGGUCGGUGUCUUCCCCAUCGUGUAUUACAGCAUCCUGCUGGGGCUGGGGCUGCCAGUGAACAUCCUGACCGCUGUGGCCCUGUCCCGCCUGGCCACGAGGACCAAGAAGUCAUCGUACUGGUACCUGCUGGCCCUGACCACCUCCGACAUCCUCACGCAGGUCUUCAUCAUCUUUGUGGGCUUCAUCCUGCAGACGGCCAUCCUGUCCCGGGCAGUGCCCAGCGCCUUCAUCCACACUGUCAACGUGCUGGAGUUCACAGCCAACCAUGCCUCCAUCUGGGUCACCGUCCUGCUCACCGUGGACCGCUACGUGGCCCUCUGCCACCCACUGCGGUACCGCACCGUCUCCUACCCCCAGCGCACCCGCAAGAUCAUCGCAGCAGUCUUUGCCGUGGCUUUGGCCACGGGCAUCCCCUUCUACUGGUGGCUGGACCUGUGGCAUGAUGCCGACCCCCCCACCGCCCUGGACAUGGUGCUCAAGUGGGUGCACUGCAUCACUGUCUACUUCUUGCCCUGCAGCAUCUUCCUAGCCACCAACUCCAUCAUCAUCUGCAAGCUGAACGGGGCGAGUGGCCGGUCACGCCUGAGCAAGACCACGGCCCUCCUCCUGGCCGUCACCACCGUCUUCAUCGUGCUCUGGGCUCCCCGGACCGUUGUCAUGAUCUGCCACCUCUACGUGGCCUCGGUCAAGAGGGACUGGCGCAUGCACCUGGCCUUGGACAUUGCCAACAUGGUGGCCAUGCUCAACACCACCCUGAACUUCUUCCUCUACUGCUUUGUCAGCCAAACCUUCCGGCGCACGGUGGCCGAG